GGCCUGGGCUGCUGGAAGAGCCGCCCGGCGGGAGGAGAACCGUGCUCGCAGCUCCAGCCGGCGCCUUUCCCUGGCAGCAUCGCGGGAGCAGCUCCGCUGUCCCCCGGCGCGGCAGCCCAGCCAGCGGCACAAAGAUGAAAUCGUCCGACACCGACCAGGAAUUGUUCACUGAAAGUUACUGCAAAGUGUGCAGCGCUCAGCUAAUAUCCGAGUCCCAGCGCGUGGCCCAUUACGAGAGUCGGAAACAUGCCAGCAAAGUUCGCCUCUAUUAUAUGCUUCAUCCCAUAGAUGGAGGUUGUCCAGCUAAAAAGCUCCGGUCAGAAAACGGCAGUGAUGGUGACUCAGUGGAUAAGAACAAAUGCUGCACACUAUGUAACAUGUCCUUUACCUCAGCAGUGGUGGCCGAAUCACAUUACCAAGGGAAAAUCCAUGCCAAAAGGUUAAAACUGUUGCUAGGUGAACAACCAGCAUUAAAGGCCACAGAAACCACUCUGAGCUCCCUAAAGCAGCCGCACACGGAUAGUCCCCCCGUGGUACCAUCACCGCAUCAGCGGAGAGACUCGGACAGAUACUGCCAGCUCUGCGCAGCCUGGUUCAACAACCCCAUGAUGGCACAGCAGCACUACGAUGGCAAAAAGCACAAGAAGAACGCGGCCAGGGCUGAUCUCCUGGAGCAGCUGGGGAAGACCCUGGACCUGGGAGAGCUGAGAGGGCUGAAGCGCAGCUACACGUGCAACAUCUGCAACGUCACCCUGAACUCGAUAGAGCAGUACCACGCGCACCUGAAGGGCUCCAAACAUCAGACCAACCUGAAGAACCAGUAGUAGUUUGUCAGUUGAGACAAGGAAAACCACCGAGGCUGCUUCUGCGGAGGGGAACUGGUCAGCAAGGAGAGGAUGCUUUCUUGGACAAUGAUCCUGUGUGGAUUCGAUGAUUAACAUGUAACUAACCUUCGCUUUGGACAAAUACAUGGAUUUUUUUUUUUUUUUUUUUAAUUUUGUGGUGAGUUAAAAUAUUUCAAUGGAUUUUUUUACCCUUUCAAGAUAAUAUUUAUUCAGCACAGAGUCUAGAGUAUGAUAACUACCCUGUAAAUACAGCACUUAAUCAUCACUCAUCUUCAGAGACAGUGGAAACAAAAUAUUUUACUUUUUCAUAUUUAUUCUUAGAUUUCUCCCAAGAGUAUAAAAUUAUUCUAUUACAUUAUCCAUGAUAGUGAUGUAAUCAGUCUUCAACCAGAAAUAAACAUACUUUCUUCACCUUCUCCAGCAUGGUUUGUGUCAACACAUAAAGAGCAGCAAAAAACGAAUCACGGGGAUUGUAUAAUGGAUGAAUUUUUUUCCUUUCCUCUUUGUCUUCAGAGAAACAAAUGGUUCACUCAGCAAAGCAAACUAAACCGAAAGCGUAAAAAUCCUUUUCCUGCCGGUAGGAUUCCUACAGGCUAGACGGAAGCCGUUCGCUUUAUCGACUUUGCCGAUGCUAACCCAAAGCCAGAUGCUGCUCUGCCCGCCCGCCGUUCCCUCCGGGAGAGCUGCAGGAAGGACGGCGGCACCGGUUGCGCUUGCCGGGCCAUCCCGCGCCGGUAGCACCGGCUGCGAGCGCGUUACCUGCGCACCCGUAGGGAGACGGUGGAGAGGCGGCGGGGACCGGCGACGGCGGAGAGGCCGCGUGCGGAGGCUGGUUUCAGGACACCGAGGCCGACCGUCGUGCGUCCCCGGAGCUGCCCUUGCCAUGCGGCGGGCGCGGGGGCUGCGGGAGGGCGAGCCCUCGCCGGCAUCCAGGCGUUCCCAGCGCUGCCGCACCGCCAUGUCCUACCAGAGGAUUGGGAAGAAGGAAGCCGUACUCCUCGGAGAGCUGGAACCUGGUCAGCAACAGUGGCAGCGGGGUCUCCUCUGUGCCGUCGCCGGCCUCCAUCACCGGGCACUGGCUGCAGGAUCAAGACGUGCUCUGGAUCGGUAGAGACUCGCCGGCUGCCCCGCUCCCUGAACCGUGCAAGAACUGGGGACCGUCCGCGUCCACAUCUCGCUGGAGGCCGCAGAGCCCGGGCAUGCUGUGAAUGCAGCAUGGACCCCAAACUGCAGCAUGGCUCCACAGCCAGCCCAGGCAGCAGGUACGGCCCCAGCAGAUGUCUGCGGGGGGGGGGUCUGGGAGCUGUCAGACUGUGUGACAUCCCCCUGGGUGCCAGGGGCCCGGGGACCUUUGUCCCCACGCGGGAGCAAUACACAAGGCACAACCUGUAUCCUCAGCCCUGUGGCCGCAUGAGGUGCUGCUGAUGUACGUGCUAACAACAUGCCCAGCACAGUCAAAAUAAAUUAAUGGGAGCCACAUCUAAAGCAGCUGCUGCAGAAGUGAGCGCUGCAUGGCAGGGAAUGAAACUCCCUAAUCCACUUUUCGUGUCACUUAAGGGUUUAUUGCAUUUCCAGCAAACUGCCUAAUGACUGAACGUGAGCUGACGUUGCCAUUAAAUUCCCAGUACCGAACAAAGUGCAAAACCGUAAUGACGGUUUUAAUUGGCAGUAGUGAAUGGCGUGCUGGAAGUGUGCCCGCACCGGAGCACCAGCCGUGCUCUCCCCACAGGGAGGCAGAGUGGACGGCGAUGCACGGAGGGUAAUUAGACCUCCUUGCAACGAGGGUCUGUGGGCUUCUGCCCUAACUGCGCUGCACAGGAGCAAAACUCCCUGCCCGGUGGGUGGUUAAUGCUGGCAAGGCUCAUGCUGCCGUCUGGCCGGAGACGAAUAAACCACAGCUGAACGGGACCUGGCUUCAGAGGCUGCCGUUCCCCUGCGUUUCAGCGCGGUGCUGCCUUUGUCCCCGCAGCAGAUCGGCCCCCUCCCCGCGGUGGGUGCUGCUGCCAUCGCAGCACGGGAAGGCACGCAGUGCUGUUUGCUCUCUGCCCUGCUCCCCGGGGGUCAGCUGGGACCGAGGGGCCCCGAGGUGGGAGCACAACUGUGCAGGUCUUUCUCACGGAAAGGCUGGAGGGAUUUGGUUUGGCGGGGUAUGCCGGUGCUGGGCAGGGCACCCCGAGCCCACCCAAGCGUCAGGGUGAGUGCCGCGGUUUGCCCAUCCGCACGGUGGGAUCUCCUGGCGCCAUGCCUGCUCUGAUGAGCCAGGCUUCCUCCACCGCCGCCCCAGCCCACCCUCCCGCCGGCCCCACGCCCGCGGGAAGGAGCCUGCGGCCACGGUGGGGACCGUGCAUCCGCCCCACGCUCUUCCUGUGCGUCGGCAGCGAUGGCCUGAGCCCCCCCUCCGGCGCCACCGAGAGCCGCCCCAGCCUGGCGCCUGGCAGGGCAGGGUCCGCACAGCUCAGGGUCACUGGGGCAGCCCGGUGGGUACCCCCCCGGCCGAGGGGGGCUUGGCAGGAUGCUCUGAGCGGGGCCUUGCCAAAACAGCGGUUUCCUGGGGGAAAAGCA